AUGAGAAAUGACAAUUCCCCUGUUAAUUAAUAAACUAAGGGUAAUCUAAGUUAUCAGAAUUAAUCCCCAAGAAAACAACAUACACCUUAAGAUACAAUGUCAUAGAUUUUAUAAUUCAAUCCUUAAUUGUCUAAUCAAAAAUCCACUUCACCUCAUAGACCAAAAGAUUAACCAAAAGAAAGCUUUUAUUUUGUUUAGGAUGAUGGCUAAAGAUAAUAAGAAACAUAGCUUAAGUUUAAUAAAGUUAAGAAUAAUUACCAUAUUACUAAGCAGUUAACAAAUAGAAAUGAUAAAUAGAGAAAGUUAGUUGAUCUAUCAAGUAAUGUAUUUGAGAAUAAUCAAAAUAUUGAUGUAAUUCCUAAAUCUCCUGAAAAUUAAUAAUUAAUUAAUACAUCAGUUUAAUGGACAAAUGUGCAUUAUGGUAAAGUACUCACAUCUGUUAAUGAGAAAGCAGAAUUCGGAAAAGAUUAUGCAAAACAAAGAAAACAUCAAGAUUUACAAUAAUAAUAUCAAGAAGGGACAAAACAUAAAAGUCCUUAAAAAAUAAUAGAGAAUGAGAUUAAUAUUUAGUCUAAGAAAUAAAAUUAAUAAUUCUCUGAUAUUUUUGGACAAGAAUUAGGAAAUAAAGAAAGAAAUUGGUUAAGACCAUAGCGUAGUCUUUCACCUUAAAUAAAAUGGACUACAUUUGAUAGUACUAGAGAUUACAAAGAUUUUGGUGAUAUGAGUAUUAAAGUAUAAUACUAUAUUACAAUAUAUAGGAAUCUAAAUUACGUAAUAUAAAUACUGAUAAUUAAAAAGAUAAUUAGAAAGACACUCAUAAAUUAAAUCAUCCUUUGACUUCACCAUUUUUUGAUGUAAAAUAUAUUAUAGUAAUAUUGAUAGUGUUAAAUAUCCUAUGAAAAGAUUAAAGGUUAAUAUAAAUAAUAGAAUUAAUUCAAAAAUAUAGAGAAUGGAUCUUAAAAGAAAUUUGGACAAGAAAAAAAGAUUGAAUAAAGUAGUAGUAAUAAAAAGUAUGAAGGGAUUUAUUCAUGGAAAAAUAACUAUUAAAAAUGA